CGGACAUUCUCUAUCGCGCUCCGAUGGAACCUGGUGACAUCACGGGACUGCGGGCAGCAUAGUGCAGUGCGCCGAGUGCGGUACGCGCACGAUGGGCAACAAGCUAUCGUCGUGCUCCUGCGCGCCCAUCCUCCGCAAGGCGUACCGCUAUGAGGAUAGCCCGUGGCAGAAUUCACGUCGUCGAGAUGGACACUUACUGAGGUUGUGGGCAGAGGUUUUCCAUGUGUCUGCAAGUGGCGCAGGCACCGUUAAGUGGCAGCAAGUAUCCGAAGACCUAGUGCCAGUGAACAUCGCUUGUAUCCAGGAUUCUCCAGAAUGUGUUUUUCACAUUACUGCAUACAACUCGCAAGUGGACAAGAUCCUUGAUGUACGACUACUGCAACCUGGUACACGGAUUGGGCAGGCGUCCGAAUGCUUCGUGUAUUGGAAAGACCCGAUGACGAAUGACACCUGGGGCCUAAACUUCACCUCGCCUAUCGAUGCCAAACAAUUUCGAGAAUGUUGCUCACCAUCAUUCAAAUUCUCACGUAAGGCAUCUUCAAGCUACAGCCUCAAACUGGAGCCGCCGGGUAACAAGCAGAAAUUUAAAGCCAAACGGAAACCACUCUCCACUCCUGCUAGUCCAAAUCGAUCAAGUUUGACGUACGGUCGUGAACCGCAGUGCACUUGCAUGACACAAGAGCAAUAUGCGCGCCUGAGAGCACAAGAUCCAAGAUAUCGCUCGUCCACUCUGCCGCGUACCACGACCCGUGCUAUCGAGACGGAAGCGGGCGCUGCCGGCGGCGCCACAGGCCGGACAGACAAAGUCGCUGCCGCCACCUCAUCCACAUCGCUUUACGACAACGUCACCAAUUCGCAACCAGCACACCAGGCGCCGCCUAAGCCGGCGGCUCGUCAAACGGAAUCUCAACCACCAACUCGGCCUCCGAAAUCACAAGAGACUUCAACCAUGACUACAAAUACUUCCACAGCCCCUAAGACUGUUACUGCCUCUGUUGGUACACAUGGUUCUAAUAUCAUCGAUGAGAAUCAAGCCGUUGGAGCAACUGGAAAUGCAGCUCAGCAUAGUCAAGAUCUGAAGUCAGAAGGGGUACAAGCUGGUGGAACACUGACUUCGACCAAGUCUUCUGCUACUUCUACAAGGCCUGGGAAAGAGCAUCUGCAACAUAUGCCGAAGAGCGUCGACUAUGGUGACGGGAAUGAAUCGGAUAUAAUGUAUUUUAUCUUCCAGUCACGGGAGUCAGAUCGGCAUUCAGCACAUCAUCACAAUGUUGUCAACAAUAAUACAUCUGGCUCACGGCGCACUAAGUCUAAAAGCACAGAAGAUAUGAAUAUGGAUUCCAGUACUUUGAAGCGUAUGUUAAAGCCGAUGCCUUCUACUGAAAGUCCAGUGACAUCUCCUGAGAUGGGUCGCCGUAGGUACGGUGGUGCUGCACCAUGUCCUCCAUCUUGCGGAUCGCAUGGUCAUCGCCACCCGCAGCACUCGCAUCAUGGACAUUAUUCUCAUGUUGUCAACAAUAAUAGCAGCAGGCAGAGCUCGCAACGUCGCGGCGUGGGCGUGGGUGCUGCUCCAAGUGGAUACCCGGGACGCGGGCUUUACUUGGAGCUGGGCGGAGGUGAAAGGGAUAUGUCACCACCUUCAGAUAAUGUGAUGUUCGAUAAUCAAUGUUACGCCACCACGCCUUCUUCCUCCAAUGGCAACUCCGAUCAAGAACCUUGUCAACGCAGGGAUGGUAGGCAACAUCAUCACGGCAAACCGUGCCUAUCCCGGCAAGCUUCUCAAUCGAGCGCGACACCCGCGCCUGGCUCUCCUACCUCUCGAUUACUUCUUGAGUAUGAAAUGCAUCUUCGAAAUACUCUUGCUAAAGGCAUGGACGCUGAGAGUUACAGUCUUCACACUUUCGAAGCAUUGCUGAGUCAAAGCAUGGAAGAUUUAGAAUACAAUGACAACCUGCCGCCAAAUCAACGAAGCCCCUAUCCAUCGCGGCGUCGACCGACCCAAGAAUCCAUUCUACACUCUUUGAGAAACCUUAAGGAGGCUGCAUUAAGGGCUAGAGGACCAGCUUCACAAUGCUCGGGCGGAGGCCGAUCAGAUAGAUCGUCAACUCUACCGUUACCACAUCGACUGACCGUAGAAAGGCAAUUGAGUGCUCGAUCUGAUCGUGAUGGUUAUUACAGUGAUCGCAACGAACUAAUGCGGGAGCGCGAACGGGAGCGAGAACGUGGUUAUUUGAGUGAUCACAACACCAGGGACCGGGUUCGAGACCGAGAUCAAGGAUACUUAAGCGACCAUCAAUCAAGUUUCGUGAGUGCGUCCCGUUGCGCCUCUUGUAUUGGCGAAUCAGCACGUCAAGCGUGGUACCGCCACUCAGACGGUUGGCGUGGAGCACCGCCGCCGGGCCCGCGGCGCUCCCCAUGGGACUCUUUGCCCAGUCUCCGACACGAGGGCAGCCUUAAUGACUCCGGCUAUAGGAGCAAUCGGGCUGACAGUUUCGAACAACGAGGAGUAUUCGAUCGCCAAGAUAGCGUACGGUCAGAAUACACGAGUGAUCGCGAAUCAACCCGUUAUGGUAUCGUUCAGCAGGCUUCCAUAGAUAGUACAGACUCAAGAAUUUGCUACUUAACAUCGAGUGAGAUAUCGGAUGAUGAUCGCAUGUCGCUGACCACUGCGGUGUCCGACGAAGAGGAUCCUGGUGAGAGCGCGAUGAACUCUCCAUACAAGGGCAAACAGACCGGCGCUGCAGCGGCAUCAUUCAACUGCACUGGGGCAGUCAGAAAAGCUGGUUUCCUAAGCGUGAAGAAAUGGCUACUACGCAAGAAGCAUCAAAUUGAACUGGCCCGGAAAAGGGGCUGGAAGGGAUAUUGGGUUUGCUUGAAAGGCACCACGCUCCUAUUCUACCCGUGCGAUUCAAGGGAGGGACGCUCGGUAGAAGCAGCUCCUAAACAUCUUAUCAUUGUUGAUGGUGCUAUCAUGCAACCUAUACCAGAACACCCUAAACGUGACUACAUAUUCUGCCUUAGUACAGCAUUUGGGGAUGCUUACCUAUUUCAAGCACCAUGUCAGGUGGAACUCGAAAAUUGGGUAAAUAGUAUACACAGUGCAUGCGCUGCAGCUUUUGCUCGCCAUCGCGGCAAGACAGGAACUCUCCACCUACUGCAAGAAGAAAUUUAUCGACUUGAAAAAGCUAUUGAAUCCGAUCAUAAAUUGAAACAAAUGGCGGAUUUGCAACAAUCAGUGGUGUCUGAUCCUGAGACUCGCGCACAGCUUGUAGUCCAAAUGUUGCAAUGGGAGGAAAACUUGGAGCGAUUGCACUGUGAACAGUUCCGUCUGCGCUGCUACAUGGCUAGUUUACAGUCCGGUGAACUGCCUAAUCCGAAGUCACUGCUGACCCACGUUUCUCGGGGUACGAAGAGUACAUUGAAUAAACUGGGCGUGUUCACGGUGUCAUCAUUCCAUGCGUUCAUAUGCGCCCGGUCACCGUCGCUGCUCAACAAUCUACUCGCAGGCCGAGGUGCUACAAAGCGGAGAGCACCAAACCUCUCAAGAUCUAAUUCCGGCUCUAGUCGACGUUCCAUGCAGAUGUCGCGUGAGGACGGCGAGGCUGCGGUGCGGGUAUCAUUGCCUGAAGGCACUACGGCUACGGUCGGGGUGCGAGAAGGCAUGACCGUAGAGGAGUUCCUUGCAGCGGCCUGUGCUCGCCGCUCCCUAAACGCUCUUGAACACUUUGUGCGAGUCAAGAAACGACGGGACAUGGAAGAUCAUAAUUAUUUCGUUCCACAUCGCAGCGACCUCAUAGAGACUUACUUACAUACCCAUGAAGUUGUAGAAGUGUGUGCCAAAAUCUUAUAUCAAGUGGAGUUACAACGUACAACUCUUGAACAAAUGUGGGGAUUCAGCGUGGAAGCCGAGCUUAUCGAAAAUGCAGAGAGGCAAGAUGAACUCUGCUGUUAUGUGAGUCGAGUCGAAGAUAAGAGCGUCGCUAUGCAAAACGGCAUAAUCAAAGGCGACGAGAUAAUGGUGAUCAACGGAGCGAUCGUAUCUGACCUAGAUAUGAUGUACUUGGAAAGUGUGUUGCAAGAGGAACUCUCUCUCGUCAUGAUGAUGAGGUCGUCUCGAACGGAACCACCGGAGCUGUCUGGUAUGAUGCGCGCAGCCACUGACGAUAUAAUCGAUUCGUUGGUGUGCCCGCCGCCGCCCAGCGAGCCGCCAGUCAUCUCCGACGACAUGAUAUCCGGACUUAUUGUACCAGCACCGGCAUGGAGUAAAGAGCUAUAUAGCCCGGACGCAGAUCCGCACGGCGGCAGCAGCGAAGCAGUCUCCAGUGGCCCCCCGAAAGUCAGUUCUCGAACCAAUUCCUUUGAGAUUGAGAAUCUACUCAAGAGCGCUGAGCAAGUGACGGGUUGGUGCCGGUCACCAGCAGAGACGCGGCGCGGCAGCCCCACCGGCAGCGUCGCCAGCGCCGCCGCCGGCACCCCCUCGCGACACCUAUCCGACGCAGACAAGCUCAGGAAGGUGCUACUCGAGCUGGUCGACACCGAACGCGCCUACGUCAAGCACCUGAACAACUUACUUGAGAACUACCUAGAACCACUGAAAAAAGAAACUUUCUUGUCAAAUGCCGAAAUAAAUGCACUUUUUGGAAAUAUUCAAGAAAUUGUAACAUUCCAAAGGCAGUUCCUACAAAACCUAGAAGAGGCUCUAGAGGCAGAACCAAACUUCCAUCACUUCGAAUUUUCAAAUCAAUUUAGAAAUGUACUCUUCGCGGUUGGCAAUGCUUUCCUGUUCUACGUGAAUCAUUUUAAAUUGUACAGCUCAUUUUGUGCUAGUCACAGUAAAGCACAGAAGGUUUUACAUCCUAAUGAAGGCAAUCAAGCUUUACAAGAGUUUCUGGCCGCUAGAAAUCCUAAACAACAGCACUCGUCAACUUUAGAGUCAUAUCUAAUAAAGCCUAUACAACGGAUAUUGAAAUAUCCCUUACUAUUGCAACAAUUAAGAAAUUUGACUGACGUUAAUUCUGAGGAGCAUCUACAUUUAGUGGAGGCUCUCAAAGGAAUGGAAAAAGUUGCUGAACACAUCAAUGAAAUGCAACGAAUACAUGAAGAAUAUGGUGCUAUAUUUGAUCACUUGUUUAGACAACACCAAAAGUCUUGCAAGCAACCUAUAGAUCUAAGUCCUGGUGAUUUGUUAUACUACGGUGGUGUAGAAUGGUUAAAUAUUUCAGACUUUUUAGGAAAAAUAAAGAAAGGGCUAGAAUUACACGCUAUGUGUUUUGUAUUUAAAUCAGCUGUUGUCUUCCUAUGUAAAGAAAGACUGAGACAGAAGAAAAAACUAAUGGGAGUGUCGUCAAAGAACAACUCAAACGAAGUGGAAAUCAUCAGGUACCAGGUACUAAUACCUGUGACUGAAGUACAAGUACGCGCAUCCUCAGCAAAGGAUAUGGACAGCCACUUUUUGUGGGAACUCAUACAUCUUAGAAGUCAACUUCAAAGACGAUCUGAGAAAGUUUACGUUUUGUCUAAUAGCACGGCGGACUUCCGCAACGCGUUCCUGAAGACGAUCCGUCAGAUUAUCCGCGAGUCGGUCCGCAAUAUGUCGCUGCCGAGUACGCGGCCGGCGCCCGCGCCGCCUCGCGCGCCGCACGCUCCGCACGCGUCGCACGGGCCCCACGGGCCCCAAACGCCCCACGCGACCCACACGCUCGACCGUGACCGCGACCGCCCCAAACAUCAGGUUCAAGUAAUGCAGGGAUCCCAAACUCUUGGCAAAACGAAAAAACCAAAGAUAACUGGGCAAAGAUUGUCAGCUGGCAAUAUAGAGGUUGGUGAUCUGUCACGAGAAAAUUCUCAGGAUACAGAAGAUCCUCCUCAAGAAACAACUGACGAAGAACCAACUUUUAGACUUCGCAGCAAAACACUAGGCGAUACUACAGGUAGCUUGUGGUUCCUCGGACCAGAGAGUAAUGCAAAGCGCGCACCGCCGCCACCACCGCCCGACGCCGACAAGUCAGACCCAGGCUCCAAAUCCGAGGGUGAAGAUGAACAACCGCAGCCACCUGCCAAACGAGGGUUAGGCAGAACUCCCAACCACCUCACGCUAAGUACGACAUCGACGCUGAGUGCUGGCAGUACUGGUAGUCAGGCGAGACUUAUUCAAUCAUCACACCAACCAACUCAAUAUCAACCCACAAUGGUUAAGGAAUUAGGAUCGCCCGUGUGGAAACCGCGCGACAUGUUGCCCGAGGCGGGCACGCCGGGCGCUCCGCCGGCGCCCACCACGCUGCCGCGCUCACAGCGGCCUGCGCCCCGCGCUCUUCACCUCUCCGCCAGCCGCAAGUCGCUCGCGCCGGACCACCGCCACUAACGCAGCUCUCGUCAAUAUUCCUCGCGCUCCGGUAUUCUUACAGAGUGAGGGGCAUGUUCCAAUCCGCUCGAAAUUGGCCGAUAGCCUUCCUUCCCCGCCGCGCAGUCGUGCUGGUAUCCGAUUUUUCCCGGCUCGAGGACCUUUUACGAUCGGAUCUUGCCCCGUUUUUCGCUCGUAUUUUCUCUUAAUGUACAUGAAUGUACAAAAUUAUUAUCAUGGAAUAUUACCCCUUGAAGAGACGCUAGGGUAUGCUAAAAGAUAAGUGUUUACGAACCAUUUCCUAUGCUGUGCGCUUAUCCUAAUUCGGUACUACCCUGAUCCCUUCUCCUACUGAAAUUGAUAUGUCUGUGGAAUAACUGCCGGUAAUCGUUGUUUGUAACGUAUGUACGAUCCAUAUACGAUUUUGGGUUUUCAGUAAAAUUCAGAUUCCAGUUGAGCCUAUGAGAAUGAAUCCUAAGGGUAGAUAUAAGAAUGUGUUAAUUACAAUGGCAAUUCUCAUAAUUUUGCAUUCACACACCGUAUAUAUAUAUAGCUCAUGAUUGCACAAUUUAUUAUAAUAUAUACAUAGCUUCAAUUGAAAAAUCUAACAUAUUCUAAUUUCUAGUAUAUAUAAAUAUGUAUUUGUUUUUGUCUUAGCGUGGCUCAAACAUCGUACUUAUAAUAAACAUAUGAUUUUUUCCAUAAUUAAAAAGACUGCAUAUGUUUAAUACGUAUAUUAUGACUUUACAUACCAUGCACAUAAAAUUAAAUUUAAUAUAUAUAAUACUCACUAAACAAUCAAAUUCUAGUCACUGAUUUAUUACUAUAUGUAAUUGUGCUGGUAUUUAAUGUUAUAUAAUUUGCCCAAUCAGCUAGUAUAUAUCUAUAUAUAUAUAUAAUCACAGACAGUUCGCUAUUGAAAAAACUAAGUAUAUACAGUUCUUCAGAAUUGAAUUCCAUAGUAGUUAAGUACAGGUGUAUACAUCUAUUUGUAUUUACAUUAAUUUUGAUUCUUACAUAGUACAAGAUAUAAAAGUAGGCUGUUAUAUGUAAUUACAAAUUAAAAGACAAUAUCACUAAUAAAUAAAAUGUUAAAGAUAAACAGAGGUUACAAAAUUACUCACCAAAUAUCUUCAUCUAUUCUAUUCUAUGUGUAAUAACUUAAAAAAUAUCAGUCUAUAUUGAAACGGUUUAAAAUCGUACACAUGAGUAACGUCAUACUUAAAUGUAUUUGUAAAUGAGUUGCCAAAUGGAUAUUGAAACAAAUAUAGAUAGAUGAAUACUGUAAUGUAACACGUAAUAAGACAUAUUUUAUGUGUUAUAGAAUCGAUUUUGUAACCACUUCUAAUUUAAAAGACUAUUUAAUUCAACGCCUUCG